UAAUCAUGGACGGUCCUCGACCUUUGCACUAAGCUUCCCUAAACCCCCUCACCUUUCAAAAGCUUCACUAAACCCCCUGACCUUUAUGGCGGCGCCAUUCACGGCCCUUCUGAAAAAAAAAACACAAAAUCGCGGCGCCGCCAACGAUUUAAUCGUUUGCAUGCGUUUUCCUCGCCACCUGUCGACCCACGUGACCUGUCCUCUGUCAGUUGCAACAGUCCCUCUCUCUGACAUGCCGGUUGACUUUUCAAAUUUUAAAAUCAAAAAAAAAAUUAACCGCUCGAAGAAAAAAUAACGAAGGAACAAAACAUAAAUUUAGAGUUUUUAUAGUGAAAGAAUUACAAAAAUGAGAAAGAAAGGAAAAGGAAAAUCAAAGGAAAGAGAACGAACGGGACCACCUGGAACUGCUGGAUGGGGUUUAAUGGAUGAGAGCGAUAGUGACGAAGUGGUGGAAGUGUCACCAGGUUUUGAAUUUUUUCAAAUCAACCUUCACAUUAAUGGGGCAUUGGGGGAAUGGGGUUACCAUGAUGGGGAAGUGUCCACCGGCGUUUAUUCUGUGUCUGGUAUGACUAUGAAGAAAUUAGAUAGAUGGAUGAAAAGAGAAAAAGUUGAGGGCUUAGUUGAUUAUUACUGGAAAGAAAAAGACAAGGAAUUUCAUGAUUGGAUUAGACCGAUAAAUCACGACGAUGAUGCUAUGGAAAUGGCAAGUGCUGGGAAGAGGGACGGAGAAGUGGAUGUCUAUGUUAGGAAACUGACCGUUAAAGACAUUGAGGCUUUAGUCCCUCCGCCCCCCUCGCCCCCACAUGUUGUAAUUGAGGAGAUACCAAAUCCCAAAGAUUUAGCUUAUGUGUAUCCCACUCCCGUGAAAAAAGUAAGGGGUAAACCAUUGGCUACCAAGGCUGGUGGGAGUAAACCACUGGGUACCAAGGCUGUUGGUGAAGGUCCUUCAGAAAGUGGGUGGUCAUGGAUGAGUCCAUAUGUAAGUGAAUAUGUAAGUGAAGGGGCUUCUAUGGUCCAGGGAAAUACGCAGGCUCAGGGGAAUGAAGGGGCAGAUUUUUUGGGACAAACUGACACUGGGAAUGAUGAGGUUGCUGGUGAGCGGGCAAAUGAAGAGGCAAGCGUUCAGAUGGCUGAUGAAGAUUGCCAUGAUAAGGGGGAUGGGGCUGCUGAAGAUUGCCAACUUAAUGGGGCUGAGGCUGGGGCUGUGGAUGGGGCUGAAGCUGAGGCUGGGGCUAUGGAUGGGGCUGAGGCUGAGGCUAUGGAUGGGGCUGAGGCUGAGGCUAUGGAUGUGGCUAUGGAUUUGGCUGAGGCUGAGGCUGGGGCUGCUGAAGAUUGA